GAGGGAUAGGCGGCGGCGGCGGCGACUGGGUAGCAUCUCGCAGCGAGCGCUCUCUCCUAGAAGGGCUCCGGAAGGGAGCGAACGGCCGACGCCACGGCCACGGCGGAGCAGACGGAGGCUCCCGAGCCCGGGAACUGGGGCGGAGGGCGCUGCAGCGCCGCGCCUCUCACCAUGCACCAGUCCCUGACUCAGCAGCGCUCCAGCGAAAUCUCGCUGGCCGAUUCCAUGGGGACCUUCAACCGAAGGAAACGGAACUCCCUCUAUGUCACGGUGACGCUGCUCAUUGUGUCGGUGCUGAUCCUGACUGUGGGUCUGGCAGCCACCACCAGAACCCAGAAUGUGACUGUUGGAGGGUAUUACCCCGGAGUUAUCCUUGGUUUUGGAUCAUUUCUCGGAAUCAUCGGCUCAAACUUAAUUGAAAAUAAAAGGCAAAUGUUGGUGGCAUCCAUUGUCUUCAUCAGUUUCGGCGUGAUUGCUGCUUUCUGCUGUGCUAUUGUAGACGGAGUGUUUGCGGCCCGGCACAUCGAUCUCAAACCUCUUUAUGCAAACCGUUGUCACUACUACUCCAAGACAUCCCAGAAGGAGUCCGAGGAGGUGAACUGCCUCCGUGCCAACCAGGGCUAUUGCAAAUCCAGGAUUAGGGGCAACACCUGCUUCUGCUGUGAUCUCUACAACUGUGGCAACUCCCCCAGCACAUUUCCUGGAAAGAAGGCCAAGAAGAAAAAUGUCGGGAGAAAAACGACCAGCCGUGUGGAGAUCUCUGGAGGCUAUUACGAAUACAUUGAUGUCAGCAGCUGCCAGGAUAUCAUCCAUCUCUACCACCUGCUGUGGUCGGCCACCAUCUUGAAUAUAGUGGGACUCUUCUUGGGUAUCAUCACUGCGGCCAUCCUUGGAAGCUUUAAAGAUAUGACUCCUACCAUUCCGGCAAUGAACUGUUCGGUGGAAAGUGCCCAUCCGAGGGUCUCUUACUACUCGCGGCCUCAGAUAGCGUCGUACAGUACUUACUAUCAUAGUACGCCCCAUCUGCCGCCCUAUUCGGCUUACGACUUCCAGCAUACCAGUGUCUUUCCAGGCUCCAACCCACCAGGACUUUCUGAUGAGCCUCAGUCUAAUUCGCCUUCUCCGAGCUACAUGUGGUCCUCCAAUGAGCCACCACAGUACUCCCCACCAUAUUAUUCGCCUUUUGAAAAGCCACCUCCAUAUAGCCCAUGAUGAAGAGUUCCUGCCCACCACUGAGAUCACGGAUGUCUGUUACUGUAGCAUUGGCUGAGUUUAAGGUGUGAUCUUUCCACUGGGUUUGCGGUUUCGUGAUUUGCCUGGCCAGGCAGAGGAGGGCGACGCUUAUUAUUUAUCAAUGCAGAAGAGUGGGUGACCAGGUGAAACCCACUACUUCUUUCCAUUGAAUUGAGAUCAGCUUACAUUCUCCUUGCUAGCAUACUGGGGAUCCCACACAGUGAGGACUUAGCAUGCUGCAACCUACCCCUUUUCCCACCCCACCUCAUUCAGCAGCAUCAAAUUGUCAUUUUUCCUUUUAUACAAAUUGGCCAUAGCACUUAGCCACCCAUUCUAUCAGUUGAAACACCCCACUUUCAACCAAUCAGGCCCCAAGGAAGUCUCUGGCUGAUGGGGCCGGACCAUAGUUACUUCACUCUCCUGAGUGAUGCAAAAAUUCAGCUCAGAUCUCAUUAUUUGAACCCCUCAAAGGAAAAAGUGCAAAAGUUCCUCGUCUUCAUUUAGUGGGGAAAUCAGAUUUCUUUCACAUAUAUACCAUCCAAACAUACAAGUGAGGUUUUUAAAAAGCGGGUCCUAAAAGUAGACCCAGCAACCUGUGGAAGUUACACACUUCACUUCAGUGAACUUGUAGAAGUACACAUCUUACUUGGAUAAAAUUUUUUGUGUUAUUGUUAGUGCUAGAUCAUCUUGGAUUGUUAGUGAUUCGUUGUGAUCUCUGUGGCUAUUUAAUCUUCUAAAACUGGGCCAGUUGAGCAUUCUAACAAACUUCACACAUUCUGCAAAACAGCAACAAAAUCAUUCCACCAUGUCAGGCACCUACCUGGCUUCUGUAAAAACUGCGACAUCGUCAUCUCGCUCAAUUUGUAAGUAUUAUAGUAGAGUUAAAGCAUCUGAGCAGCUUUUAAAAAGUAUACCAAGCUUUAAACCAUCCUAGUGAAGUUCAAAUAAUAGAUAUGUAUAUGGUGCUUACAGCUUUACAUACAUUAUUGUGUUUGAUUCUCAUAACACCCAGGGUGAGGCUGACUCCCACUUCAAAAUUUAAACACCUGAUCCUCCACCAAAUAAACUUUCAGUGCAAUUAAACUACUGCAAAAAAGGAAACUUGCCCCAGCCUUCAAAGAGUUCUUAUUCUAAUUGGGGGACUCAACCUAUGAAGAGAUAAGUAAAUACUAGGUGAGAAAAGAGAGUGCUAAAGGAACAAUUUGAUAAUCCUACAUUUGGGUAUUAUAAAAUAGAGGGGCCAAAGAAAAAUUGAAUCCUUUGGCAAACAGGUCACUUUUUCCCCAAUUUGACAAAUGAUCAAUAUUAAUAGAGCAGUCUAGGGUCUAGAGGUAGUAGAUAGGUGCUGGUUAUCCAAACAAACAGAUAUUUGUAGACACCUAGCUGCGAGAUUCCUUAAUGCCUUUAAAAUGCACUCAAUUUGCUCAGUGCAUCUCUUUGGGAAACAAUUAUUAGUAUGAUCCGUUUUGUCAUCCAGAUUUAGGGUCUAAAAAAAAACCUAAUUCUUAACAAAAUUGCUAUUUAUUUUUCUGCAAAUCUAAGCAUGGGGUGGGGGGAAGGGAUUCCACUGAAUUCUAUGUAGAGAAUAUCAUAAUUUGUCUUGCUACUCUAAGUACAAUAUUAACUUGUUACAUCGUCAUUGGCAUCUUCUGUUUAUACUUUUCCUUUAGCUUUAGUGAAUAAGUAUAAGCACUUAAUUUUGAAAAUUAUAAGAUUACUCUGUUCCAUCACAUUUCCGCACACCAAAGUAUUAAGGAUCUCAUUUCUAUGUAUCUUUCUAACUUUCCAAGUAACUGGAAAAUAAUGCAUUAUGGAUUUUGUAAUACUAAAUUAAUUUGAGCAGCUUUAUCAGUAUUUAUGUUACACUGAACUACAUAUAUAUAUAUAUAUAUAUAUAUAUAUAUAUAUAUAUAAAGUACAUGUUAUCAUAAGAAAUAUCAAUAUUAUCUUAGCAAAGUGUUUGCAGUAAUGAAGGAAUGUUUCCAAAAUAUGUAUUUUGAUUGCAUUUUGUAAUAUUUAAUGCCUUAUACCUGAUUCUAUAUAAUGUGCUAAACAAGGCAUGAAAAUAUAAACUAUUAAUCCAAAAUCUAUAUAAAUGGAGUGUUGCUUAAAACCUGUAUCACUGCCAUGUUUGAAAUUGAUUGCUUUUGUGAUGUUUCUGAUUAAUUCAACUAUCCUUUCCUUUCACCCUUAAAAGAAAUUAAAUGUAUGAACAUUCACUUGUCUUUCUCGUGUGUUCAACUUCAAUAUAACUUGUCUAAAACCAUAGGUUUUCACUUUUCUAUAGGAGCUACAGAUGGGACCAAUCAAUCUAACAGGGGAAAAAAAAAACUCUCGCAGAAAUUUUCCCAAGUUGUCAAAAGCUAUCUAAGGACAGGUGGCUCAUUUCUAUCCUUAUAUUGUUGUUUGUGGAUUUUUAAGGUGUGUCCUUUGUAGUGGACAGCAAAAGUUCCAAAUUUUGUCUCGCUUAGUGAUCAAUGCUCUAAAACCAAGCUGCAGAUUGGUAAAGGGAAUUUACUUACUGUGAGUUCCCUAUGUUAAUGACAUCACGAGUCUGGUCCAAAAUUUUAACAAAGUGGGGGGGAGGAGAGGUUCAACUGAAGUCCCGC